AUGGCCAUCAUUGACGACCCACGCUACCGCAUGUUUAGCAACCAAGGGGUCUGCACCCUGGAGAUCCGGAAACCCAGCCCCUACGAUGGGGGCAUGUACUCCUGCAAGGCCAUUAAUGACCUGGGUGAUGCACUGGUGGAGUGCAAGCUGGAGGUUAAAGGUCAGUUUGGGCUUUGGGGGUACCUGGUAACCUGUGGUGUAGGUUAUUCACCUGUGUGCAGUAUUAGGUGUCUAGACUAUUGGUGAUGUAGAUCAGUACAUAGUUUGUUUCAGUGAGUACUACCACCAAGGGCCCGUCCGUAUCAGCUCUGGACCUGUAAGUAUCCGUUGUACAUAUAUCGUAUAUGAUAUAUGCUUAUACAAUAUCCAGGGGGUUGUCAUUACAUCACCCCUGCUACUCCAAUGAGGAACAACGUAUUAUAUCAUGUAGAUUAAAUCAAUCUAUGCAUUUCCUUUUCAUUUUAGACCAUUUUGAACAUGUUCAUUCCAGUCACAGGUGUUCAUACAAGACUUCAGUAAUGUCACUUGUAUUCAGCCGAAUCCUGUACAUCCGACUACCACUGUUAUAUUUUAAUUUCCUACAACAACUUCAAAUUCACCACGUCAAAUGUAGCAUGCUUCACCAAUACAGCAUGUUCCAAUUCUUCCUAAGGCGUCAUCACACACCAACACCUCACAACUCAAACACACAUCAAUACAUAUUGUUCUAGAUGUAGUUCCCUUGUUAGAUUAAAAAUAACUAGUGGCUCCAUGUUUAAAUGUUUCCCCUCAACAGAUGGUGAUGUUCCUUCAAAUACGUGUUUAACUCCUCAUCUAAAAUGAGUUCAAUAACUGACCAGUAUUCCCUGGAGCACACAUAACUCCCCCAUGUAAACAUUUGGAUAACCCCUCUUCUCUUCUCUCCCCCCCAGUCCCCACUCAGGAAUAGUGAAUGUAUGUUCUCAUCCAAGGUAAGCUUUCAUAUGGUUUUGGCAUAUGAAGCUUAUAUCAUUCAUUCUGCAUCUGUCAAAUGCCAAUAAUACAGCUUUUCUCAGCAGUACUAGGUAGUCUAUUUAAGUUCGCACCACCCGUCUGAAAGAGGACCAAGGAAAGGAACGCAAGAGUUCAGGGCUUGCCUGCUUUAGUCAAAAUGGAUGUGUGAUAUGUACAGUAACAUAAUAGAUUGUUGUGUAUCUGGCUCUAGACACUGUAUGGGCAGUGUUCAUUGGAGCCAGUUACUUUCCAAUAACACUCUAGGGUUGCUGUCUAGGGUGGCUGUCUAAAGUCAAGUGUACCCCUAACAUUUCAGAAGUAUAUUUUAACGGUUGGUGUGACGUGACUGCUUGUAUGACAUGUGUUUCCCUGGUAACCGUGCCUGUUCCUCAUCUAACAUAUGCCACACACAAAAGGUGAGUAACCUUCAAAGUGGUGCAAAUGGUCUGAUCUUGACAUCAGAGUAAAUACCAACAUCUGCAGAGGAUGGCUCUUUGUUAAAGGUUAAAGGUUGACAUUAUGCUUACAUUCUUUUCCAGACGUCGUUACUCCAGGAUCGUGUCCUGUACAUACGUGUUAUGAUAUUUACUGAGGUGAUAAGAUACAAUUCAUCCAUAGAUCACCUUCUCCUGAUUAAUAAAUAGAUUAUAUAUCUAUAGUAGGCCUAUAUUUGACACACUAGGGUUAUUAUCAUUUGUGUAAAUGCACCAUCUAUUAUGUACUAGAGAAGGCAAAAUCCAGUAAAUGUUCCUGAUAUUUGAGCUUCUUAGUGAAUGGCCAUGUCAUGGCUCCUAUAGCUCUGCCUAUGUAAGCCUGAGCAGAUCUAGAUUUACUCACAGACUCAAAAGUGACAUGUCUUGCACCUUCCCUUUACUGACGCUAUCUCUAUUUUCUCUCCUCUCACUGCUGUCCACUUUGGUAUCUCUUCUUUUUUUACUGUAUGGUGUCUCUCUUCUGUUUCUUUGUUGCAGACUCACCCUCUUUUCACUGUUGCAGUGUCUGUUUCAAUGUUGCACACUGACCCUCUGCUAUUGCUGUUGGACUCCUAUGAUCUUCUCUCUGUUAAAGAUUGAUAGUCUUCUCUCUCUCUCUCUCUCUUUCACUUUCUCUCUAUCCCUCCUAACAACACAUUGAGUGUCUCUCCUUUCUCCCCCAGGGGGCUUUACCUUCUCUGAGCUCAUGCAGCGUGGAGUGCCUUUACACCUGAUUGAUAAGUACAUGAACGAGACCAAGGCCGUGGUGCAGCCAGAGAAGUAG